AUGGCGAGACUCACUGACGAUGCCUACUACGAUGCCGGUGAAACGUCUUUGAAAUCUUUCGAGGAAAUCAACGUCCUGGCUCGCAAACCGAGGUCACGUGGGUCUAAUCUUCCACUUGCUUCUGUGAUUCCUCUCGCUCCUGCCAUAUCAUCCUCUUCCCUACUUUCUACUGUGCCUACAGAAGGUCCAGGCAUGCCAUCUGUCUCUUUGCCAGCAUCAAAUUUGGCUCAAAUUCCCCAACCGACCUUCGUUGACACUGAGUCAACUCUAGCCGAUAUUAGCCGAGCCUUUCGAACCAAUGGCCAACAAUAUUGUAGCCGACCGGAGUCCUCCGUGACGGAAGCCUACAUUCCUGUCAGUCGAUGGGAUCACCUAAUUUGGGAAGUCUGCUAUGAUCUUGCCUCCUUCUCUACGGCUUCAUUUUCUGUUUCCUUUGGUGGAGGUGUUAUGAGGCGGGCACCGACUGGUCAGCUCGGCACAGUUCGUUCUCCCUCCUGUUUGUGCACCUGUCAUGAAACCUUGGCAAAUAAUCCCCCACCAGCUGUAGGCUGUGAGCGCGAUACUAUCCUUACUAAUUGCAGCGGUGUUAUUGGAGGUAGCCAGCUAACACAUUCUUCAAUGCCAGUCAGUCGGUCUACAGGGAGAGGUCAGAUGGGUUCAGGCAUACGACAUUGCCUGAAAUGUGGUACCAGGGUUCAUCGGGGUACUGUUUUUAUGGAUGAAUUUAACUCUCAUCUUAGCAACGUUCGGGUCGAAUGGCCAGCCCGGUUUCGGCCCAAAUCACAGGCUUCUAUUCCACGAGGUAGACGACCAGCCAUGCUCCUUGCCACAUCAACCGGCCGAACCUGCAGUUCUCUUCCUGUACGCGUCCAACAUACUGGACGUAGUAGUCCGAACGUUAUUGAAUCCAAACAUAAUGCAUUGACGACGAUCCCAGUUAUGCCAUCCAAUUUAACAGCAACGUCAUCGGUACCGACUCUCGUUCCCGGCAAUGCUGAUUUGGCUCGACGUCAUCUCCUGGUUGAAUUUAUUUCAUCCCAAAAUCUAGCUAGGCUCGAACAGUCGAUCAAUAUUCCAGCUAAUGGGGCCCAGAAGAGGGAAGAAUCUAUCUGCUUAUGGCCUCCAGAUCUAGGAGUUCGGUCUUGCUCAGAAGCUCUUUCUGCUCCUAGAGGCUCGGAAUUGAUAAAUAUUGAUUUGAACUCAACUGAUAACAGAUUUAACGAUAUACCGGCCAAUGGAAACCAGUUAAGAGGCACAAUAGCAGCAGGUAAUAUGGAUGUCGUAAAAUUAGGGCAAUCUGGAGAAAAUGAAUAUUUAUCAUAUGGCACGACUAUGUCACGACCUCGAUCUCUUGAUCCGUUUGGGCGGUCAAUCGAACCGGCAUUCCUACAUGCUACUCAAGACAUAGAUGAUGAUGCAGCCUGCUUCAACACCGAGGUGUUUUCAGCUGCCAGACGCCGACUGCAGCAGGAAACGACAAGCAGCUCCGAUCUGAAUGCUGGUAUUCCCGUAUCGGUAGGUUACCAUUGA